ACGCACACACCCUCUCUCUCACACACUCUCACACACUCACGCGCAAGCACUCCACUUUCUCUGAGCACGGAUUCGAGCCAUGAGCGCGUGAGAGUCAGAAGGAGUUUUGUUUUGUUUUUGUUUUUUUUUGUUGUUGUUGUUGUUGCCCGACGUUCAUCAGGACAGGAGCAGCGGUGGGGGUCAGUCCAGGACACAGCGCCCCGUCCCAUGGUGCCGAGCGCCUGAGCCCGGGAGGGGUGGAGCUCGAGUCCGGCCUCACCAUGUCCAAGGGGGCCGAGCACGUGAAGCGGCCCAUGAACGCCUUCAUGGUGUGGUCUCGGGCGCAGCGGAGGAAGAUGGCCCAGGAGAACCCCAAGAUGCACAACUCAGAAAUCAGCAAGCGCCUGGGUGCGGAGUGGAAGCUGCUGACCGAGGCCGAGAAGCGGCCCUUCAUUGACGAAGCCAAGCGCCUGCGGGCACUGCACAUGAAGGAGCACCCCGACUACAAGUACCGGCCGCGCCGCAAGCCCAAGACGCUGCUGAAGAAGGAGGGUAAGUUCGCCUUCCCCGUGCCCUAUGGCAUGGGCGAGCAUGAGACUGCCCUGAAGGUGGGCGCAGGGAUCGGCGCCUUCCCGGGCUCCGCACUGCCCGAGCCGCUCCUGAGCGCGCCGGAUAAAGCUGCGGCGGCGGCUGCGGCAGCGGCUGCCCGGGUGUUCCUGAACCCCUCUGUCCCGGCGCACCCCUACUCCUUCCUGGAGCUGGGCUCUAAAAUGCCAGAACUGUCGGCGCCCUCAUUGCCCUACGCCUCGCCACCGCUGGGCUACCCCGGCUUCUCUGGGGCGGGCACGCACACGCACUCUCACCCAUCACCGGGCAACCCGGGCUACAUGAUACCAUGCAGCUGUGCAGCAUGGCCCUCUGCCGGACUCCAGCCGCCGCUCGCCUACAUCCUGCUGCCCGGCAUGGGCAAACCGCCGCUGGAGCCGUACCCCGCCUACGCUGCUGCACUCUGACCUCUGACCCCAGGCCAGGAGACGGAGCAUGGACACGGACGAGGCAAUGCAUGGAACACACACACACACACAUGUGUGUGUGACAGACAGCCACUGAACACCCUUAGUGUGUAACGUAAAGCCCGCCCGGACGUCUCUGCGUCGACGGAACCGGACUGCACUGUUUUGUAAAUGUGUACAGCUGAGUCCCAUCAGGGAGCAGGUUUGGACUUUACAAUCACUGUUUCAUAGAUGUGUGUAAUAUUUAUUGUUCGUUGGAGACGAUAUUAUUAUUAUUAUUAUUACUAUUAUUAUUAUUGCUACUACUAUUAUUAUUAUUGCUAUUAUCACUAUUACUAUUCCUGGUUUCGGGCCAGCGGAGGAUGGACUGUUCGGAGGAAGAUCAUGGACUGUUCUUGAGUGUGAUCUCACACACACACACACACACACACACACACACACACACACACACAGAUGUGAAAGUGUGUGAAUGCAGGUGUACUCACACUCCUCUUCAUCGUCCUCCUUCUCCUCCUCAGCGGUGAUGAACUCUUUUCUAACUGACUCUUAGACUGUGUGUGUGUGUGUGUUGUUCUCUCUGCAGCGGCUCUAAUAAAGCGUGUGAACACACA